UACAAUUUCUCAAGUUAGUUUUAUUAAUUUGGGGAUUCGGGGACUUUAACUCUCGUCCUAGAUCCGACUCGGAGUUCGUCUGCGAGACCACUUGGUCGGGCGUAUUGCAGAAUAUCUAACAUUUGAGCCGUGUUUCUGGUGUUAUUCCUUUGUAAAUACUAUUAUUUGUAUAUACUGUAAAUGAUGACGUCCGUGGGCGGAAACCGAGCCCGGGGAAGCUGGGAGCAAACACAGGGCCAAACACAGAGCCAGACACAGCACAAGCAGAGGCCACAGGCUACUGCUGAGCAGAUCCGACUCGCGCAGAUGAUUUCGGACCACAAUGAUGCCGACUUUGAAGAGAAAGUGAAGCAGCUGAUUGAUAUCACAGGCAAGGACCAGGAUGAGUCUAUGAUCGCGCUGCACGACUGCAAUGGGGAUGUCAACAGAGCCAUCAAUGUGCUGCUGGAGGGCAGCCCAGAUACUGACUCUUGGGAGAUGGUGGGAAAGAAGAAGGGAGUUUCAGGCCAGAAGGAGACUGGCCAGUCAGAGACUGGAGAGGAAGGAAAGGAGAACAGGGAGAAAGGAGGAGAGAGGGAUGUGGCACGUCGUCGUGGUGGGGCCCCCCGCAGGGGCCGUGGGGCCAGCAGGGGACGAGAGUUCCGUGGCCAAGAGAAUGGCUUGGAUGGUAGCAAAGCCAGUGGAGUAGCUGGAAGAGGCACAGAGCGAGGCCGAAGGGGAAGAGGCAGAGGAAGAGGGACUGCUGGAGUGUCUGGAAGGCGGGGAGGCAGGUUCUCGGCACAGGGCAUGGGAACAUUCAACCCUGCUGACUAUGCUGAGCCAGCCCAGACAGAGGAGAAUUACGGUGGGGGCAGCACCUGGAACAACACGGGAAGCAUGGAGCCUGAGGAGGGAGCCAGGCUGGAAUACUCUGCAGGAGAGGCAACAAAUUACCAGCCCAAGUUCGACUCUGCUCCUGGUGCCUGGAGAACUGCAACAGAAGAGUGGGGCACUGAGGACUGGAAUGAAGAUCUGUCAGAGACCAAGAUAUUCACAGCAUCAAGUGUGGCCUCCAUGCCUCUUCCACAGGAGAAUGUUACCAUUACUAAAGGACAAAGAAUUGACCUGGCAGUCCUUUUGGGCAAGACGCCCCCAUCCUCCUCCUCGGAGACUGAGAACCCCCCAAUGGAAGCUGCUCAGCCCCCCUCCUUGUCCCAGUCGCUGGUCUUCAGCAACUCCAAGCAAGGGGUGCCCCUCUCCCAGACACCAUCUAGCACCCCUUACACUCAGCAUGGCAUGGUUAGUAUGCUUGGCAAGGGUUUUGGCGAUGUUGGGGACCCUAAAGCAGGGAGCACAGGGACCACCACUGGUUCCCAGUUCCUGGAGCAGUAUAAGACGGCCCAGGCGCUAGCCCAGUUAGCUGCCCAGCACUCCCAGACAGGACCUCCCAAUACAGCCCCAUCCUCCUGGGACACCAGCGCAACUACACUGGGGCAGUAUGAUAUGAAAACUCAGCCAGAGUCUGCAGUCCACACACCCUUCACCAAGCGUCAACCCUACCAGACCGCCACCUCCACUCCCUCCAUGCUGGAUGUCUUCCUGCAGGACAAGGGCCUGCCUCCUUCCUCUGCUGUUUCUUCCUCUCCCUCCUUGACCCAACAGACGGCACCAUCGCCUCAUGUUGUACCUCCUCCUGCUUCCUCCCUCCCCAAAAUGACAGUCAUCCCCUCCAUGGGACACCACGUUUCUCCGGGCUCUUCAGAUGCCCAGGGUUCAAGUCCCCUGCCCUUGCAGCAGCACAAGCUCAAACAACAGAAGAAGCGGACCUCUAUUAGCACCAAGAUUCCAGCGAUGGCGGUGGAGAUGCCUGGCUCAGCAGAUAUCUCUGGCCUCAACCUUCAGUUUGGAGCGCUACAGUUUGGGUCAGAACCGGUGCUGCCGGAAUAUGACUCUACCCCUGCCACUGCCACACCGGCCAACCAGGUUCAGAACAUCCUCUACACCAGUCCCAGCAGUGAGUCGGCUCCAGCUCUUCCCAACCCUAACCAAAUGGACCUGUAUGACCAGAGAGCACCCCAGACACGACGCUACCCCCCCUCGGUCUCCUCCUCCCCUCAGAAAGAUAUGCAGCCCAAGAACGGCUUCAAUUCAAUACAGACAACACAAUCUGUGGAAGCUGCAGCAGGUUCUGCAGUGUCGGUGAAGCCGGCCUCUGAUUCAGUUGCACCGGUGUCUGCCUCUAGUAUGGGCACUUUGACAGACAGUGGCUCAGGUCCCACCUCCUUAUUGACUACAUCCAAUCAGACAUCCCUCAGCGCUCUGGGGCACAGUGAAGAUCUGCCCCCAAGCACGAUCCCCCCACCUCAGCACAACAAUUCUCUCCCAUCACAACAGAACAGUCUUGCUUCAUCUUCAGUCCGGACAUCCAACUCAAGCUUACUGCACCCUAGCGUAGAUGCCGACUCCAGCCUGCACUCCUCCUCCUUCCCUUCCACUGUCUCAGCCGUGGCCUCCUCAUCUGUCCCCACUUCCUCUACGUCAGUGGCAGCUGCAGCGCAGGUGUCUCUGGGGGCCCCUCAGGUAUCUUCAGGGGGCUCCUCCACGGUGUCAGCCCCCUCUGGAAUGGGCACCGUCAGCAGUCUGGCUAUGGGCCUCAACACUGCCUCAAUGGGACCCCCAGCUGCUGCAGCCACUGCCCCUGUCUGCACAGCAGCCUCGGCCAUACCCUCUUCAUCAACAUCCUCAUCCUCAAGAGGCUCAGCAGCAUCCUCAGGGAAAGCACCCCCAAACCUUCCCCCUGGGGUGCCCCCUCUGCUGCCCAACCCAUACAUCAUGGCCCCUGGACUACUGCACCCCUACCCUCACCAGGUGUAUGGCUAUGAUGAUCUGCAGAUGCUGCAGACCAGAAUACCUCUGGAUUACUACAGCUUCCCGUUUGCGACCCCUACAACGGCACUAACUGGCAGAGAGGGCAGUUUGACCAACAACCCAUAUUCUGGGGACUUGUCAAAGUUUGGUCGAGGCGACGCAUCAUCGCCAGCUCCAGCCACCACACUGGCCCAGACGCAGCAGAACCAGACUCAAACGCAUCACACCACGCAGCAGCCCUUCCUCAACCCUGGGCUGCCACCUGGCUACAGCUACACCAGUCUGCCAUACUACACUGGUAUGCCAGGCCUGCCCAACACCUUCCAGUAUGGACCCGCUGUGUUUCCGGUGGCUCCUACCUCGUCAAAGCAGCACGGUGUAAACGUUGGCGUCAACGCCUCAGCCACACCCUUCCAACAGGCCAGUGGCUACGGUUCCCAUGGAUACAGCACUGGCUAUGAGGAUGUGGGCCAGGCUUCAGGGAGUGGGGAUUUCUGUAAGGGCGGAUACGGCACUGCCGUGGCCGCCGCUGCUUCUGCACAAAACAAGCCAGCCAGCUCUGUCACCGGGCCUGGAGUCGGAGUCUCUGUGACGUCAAGCAACACUGGGGUACCAGAUAUUUCAGGGUCUGUUUACACAAAGACACAGUCUUUUGAGAAGCAGGGUUUCCACGCAGGGACGCCAGCAGCUUCAUUUAGUCUGCCCUCGGCCCUGGGCAGUGGAGGACCCAUCAACCCCCCAGCUGCAGCUGGCUAUGCCCCGGCCCCCUUCAUGCACAUCCUGGCCCCGCACCAACAACCCCACUCCCAAAUCCUACAUCACCACCUGCAGCAAGAUGGACAGAGUGGUACAGGACAGCGAAGUCAGAACGCCUCCAUUCAACAGAAGUCUCAGAUAAACAAAUCGGCCUACAACAGCUACAACUGGGGGACCAACUAAGAUCCAGCGUUAUGGCCACCCCUCACUGUUCCAAAGUCUGACAAACUGGGAGGAGAAGGGGGUCUUUGCACCCUUACAAAUGGUCUACUUGUAACCCCCCCCCACACACACACACAUACACCAGUCCCUCAUUCUGCCUUACCCCACAAAGAGAUUCCCUUGCCUACUCUCAGCUCAGCACACCUGCCAGAGGUGGUGCUGCACUGAGUGGAGGAGUGCUAUAAUGUGGAAUGGAUGUGGGGUGGUGGCACAGAGCAGCAGGGCUUUAAUGAUAGUGGAGUGUGAAUGAAUUGGUUUUAGUAACAUCACUAAGAGGUGAAAUAUUGAGUGUUGGAAAUUCGUAUCAUGUUUAUCCCUGCCCUACCCUUUUCAUUUAUAUGUAACAUAGAACUGUUUUCUAAAGGAAUGAAUGUUUCUUGGUUGGUUGUCUUUUUUUCUUCUUUUUUUUUUAACCCCACUUAUGGGAAGGAAUCUAGAAAUCUCUGAAGGUAGGGGGCAGGCUGGCUUUUUGUUUCUCAACCUUGACCCCCCCCGCCCCGCCCAAAUGCUUGGUGUGAAUUUAUCCAGCCCACAUGAAUGAUAUCCAAACAAAUUAAUUGUUUAAUUUGUUUUAAUUGUUUAUUUUUACACCAUUUUGAGUUUGAAAAUAGGGCUCUAUAAAUUGUCAGUCAUGAGGUUUAUUUUUUACCAUAUAUAUGUGUGUGUGUGUGUGUGUGCAUGUGCGUGCGCACGUGCGUGCGUAUGCACAUGUGUGUAAAGAUGUGUAAGCGAGUGCGAUGGCUUGGACUGUGAGGAAAGUGUGAUGGUUCUCUUGUCUGCACGCAUAUUUGUACACAAGGGGGCAGUGGGUGUGUACUGCCCGUCAGGAUUUAGCUUCUUCUUCUUUCGGCUUGUUCCCUGCUUCCCAGGGGUUACCACAGCAGAUUUGAUCAUUUCCAUCGGUACCCUGUGAGGGGGACAUCAGAGGAUUUAUGUAUAAAAUUAUUUUCCAUUUAUCCAACAAAGUACAGUUACUGUUCCCAUGAGUGAUAAACGUUACAUAGUCCCACCUGUUCAGCAAGAGACAUUGAAAGUGAAUGCCAAGGCCAGUACACACCCAGUUUGACUUCCGAUGUGUUUUUUCUUCUUUCUAAUUGCCCCUCAUCCUGUCUCCCCCAGAGCCCCUGACGUAUUGCAAGGAAACUCGCAGCAUUGAAUACUGAUGGACAGAAUUGUACUUUUUUGUUUUUAUUUUUGUUUUUUUGGGUUUUUUUUUGUACUGUGCGUUUUAAAAAUUUAAAUGGAUAAACUUGUCUUGUACAUAUAUAUAUAUAUAUAUAAAACACAAGUACUGUAGUCUUUGUUCAAUGGCUUUCCCCCUCCCCUCUUAAAUCCUUGCAGACUUGUUAGCUUUUUUGUUUCAUAUAUUUUUUAUUUUGUAAAAAAUAUAUAAAUAUUAAGUAAAUAAACAGGAAAAAGACAUUUUCAUCAUUUUGGAUGUGAAUGUCUUUUUUUUUUUCAAGAAACUUUAUUUUUGUAUCAUGUGGCAUGUAAAUACAGCAUCUUUUCAAAAUGAGUUUGACAGAGGUGCCAAGGCGGUUGGUCCAUCAACUUUCAUUCUGCAAAUUAGCCUUGAAUCGUCCAACAGUUUAAAAUGCAAGUCGAUGUUUUAGUUGAAAGGAUGGAAGAGGUGACGCCAGAGAUCCCUGGUGUUGGGGUCCUCUGGUUGCUUCUUAAACACCCAUGAAGGCGGUGAGGGCACAGGGUGGGUUACAGGGCUGUCUUAACUAAUGGUUGACUGAGGAUCAGCAGUACCAAAUAAAACUCCAGUGUUUCUCCA